AUGGCCCCCGAUGAAGCUCUCCAGUACGAGGGUUUAGUUCAGCUCUUCCUGUACUUUGGAUGGAAAUGGGUAGGAUUUGUCAUUGCGGAUGACAAACAUGGGGAACAUUUCAUCCAAAUUAUGGAACCCCUGCUCUCGCAAAAUGAAAUCUGCUCCGAAUUCACCGAAAGGGUUGACAGAAACUUCCAUUUCUAUGAACUCUUUGAAAUGCUUGAACGAACGGUGAGGCACGUCGCCGUGUUCACAGAGAAAACCACAAAUGCAAUUAUCAUACAUGGAGAAAAUAUAGUCUUUAUGUGGCUGGCCUCUGCACUAGUGGUGACCAGACUUUUUCCUCUGACAGCUUCUCAUUUCUCACAGGAAGUUUCCACACGGAAAGUGUGGAUCGCGAUGGCCCAAAAUGAUUUCACCUUACAUUCCAUACAAAAGAGUCUUGAUAUGCAAAUGUUCCAUGGGGCCAUUUCCUUCUCAAUUAGCAAAAAGGAGCUUCCAGGUUUCCAACAAUAUAUACAGGCCGUCACCCCUUCCGGGGCGAAUCAAGAUGGCUUCAUUAGAGAUGUCUGGAAGCAAGCUUUUGGCUGCUCAGUAACAAAUAAAAAUGCCUCUGAAGAUGAUGAAUGUACUGGAAAAGAAAGACUAGAUGACCUUCUUGCACCCUUCUUUGAAACCAGCCUGCUUAGUCAUAGUUACAGUAUCUACAAUGCCGUCUAUACUUUGGCUCAAGCCUUACAUGCUGCUCACACAGUUAGGACACAUCAGAACAUACCGAAGGACAGAGAUCAAGUGCGAUCAAAGACAAUAGAAGCCUGGCAGCUCCACCCAUUUCUGCAGAGAAUUGCCUUCAAUAACAAUGCUGGAGAUGAAAUUAAAUUAAACGAAGAUGGAACAUUACAAGCUGGAUUUGACAUUGUAAACCUGGUCACUUUCCCAAACAACUCUUAUGUCAACAUCCCAGUUGGAGAAAUAGAUCCACAAGCUCCUCCAGGAAAAUCCUUCCUCAUUCACCCAGACAAAAUCCAGUGGCAUCAUGAAUUCACUCAGCUACCACCUCUCUCAUUAUGUAAUGAUCCUUGUCCUCUUGGAAAAAGAAAGGACAAGAUCGAAGGGCGGAAAUUUUGCUGCUAUGCUUGCGCUCCGUGUCCAGAAAAGAUGAUCUCCAGACAAAUGGACAUGGAGAAUUGUGAUCGUUGUCCAGAGGAUCAAUUUCCAAACAAAGCUCACAAUGAGUGUGUUCCAAAGACACUGAAUUUCCUCUCCUUUGAAGAGCCACUGGGCAUUACUCUGGUGUCCCUGUCUCUUCUUUUUUCCCUACUUACAGCUUUGGUGUUUACAAUCUUCAUUAAGCAACGGGACACACCCAUUGUCAAAGCCAACAAUCGCAACCUCACCUACCUUCUACUUGUCUCCCUCUUUCUCUGUUUCCUCUGCUCACUUCUCUUCAUUGGAAAGCCCAAUAGGGCGACCUGUCUCCUCCGACAAACAACAUUUGGCAUCACCUUCUCUGUUGCGAUCUCUUCUAUAUUGGCCAAAACCAUCACUGUCAUUAUAGCAUUCCUAGCAUCAAAGCCAGGAAGCCUAUUUCACAAAUGGGUGGGGCAAAAGUUGGCCUAUUCUAUUAUCUGGUUCUGUUCCUUCAUUCAACUAGGUAUUUGUGUUGUUUGGCUGAGUACUUCUCCUCCAUUUCCAGAUUUGGACAUGGAGACACUCCAUGGAGAAAUCAUAGUCGAAUGUCAUGAAGGCUCCAUCACCAUGUUUUAUUGUGUCUUGAGCUACAUGGGCCUCUUGGCUCUUCUCAGCUUCACUGUGGCCUUCCUGGCCAGGAAGUUGCCAGACAGUUUUAAUGAAGCCAAGUUCAUCACCUUCAGCAUGUUGGUUUUCUGCAGUGUUUGGCUGACUUUUGUCCCCACCUACCUGAGCACCAAAGGGAAACACAUGGUGGCUGUGGAGAUCUUCUCAAUCCUGUCUUCCGGUGCUGGCUUAUUGGGAUGCAUCUUCACCCCCAAAAUCUAUAUAAUUAUAUGGAGGCCUGAGCUCAACACUAGAGAGCAUUUAGUACACAAGAAAUAAAAAGAACAAGAUUGAAUUUUGAACAAGCAAAUACCGAUUGGAUGUGUAUGUGCAGUCAUUUUCAUAUACAGGAAUGAAUGAAUAAUCGGAUGAAGCUACACAAACAUUUCAAACAGUUACAUUAGUGUUCAAAUUCAAUUAGUAUACUGAAAAGUAAACUAUUAGGAAAUACAUUAUCUAUGUAGGUAAUAAAGUAUAAACAAACUCAA